GCCACCUCCACCCUCUCUGAGUCUCUGAAUUAUUCCAGCUCAGAUGUAAUCCUUCCUUUCACGUAAUCUGAAACAACAAAGAGUGUGUUCACACUCAUCAGAGGUUUGUGUGUGUGUUACCAUAACAGCCAGUUUAAUAGGCCUCCCACAAAGUCCUCUAAUUGUUCUCUGUUUCUCUUCCUGCUGCUGGAGGAGAAGAAGCAGAGAUCAGGACUCUGAGAAGGUGGGACGUUUCUUUUCUUUGAGUUAUGUUAAGAUAUUUUCUGAGAAGAUUCUUGAAGGUGAUUUUAUUUUCAUUUUGGGAUGUGGACAGAGAAGAAGACGAGGACAGUGAAUCCAGUAAAACCUGAAGCAGACACUUUUCCACUGAUUGUUGUUAAAGCGAAGAGGUCAGUCCCCUGCGUGAGAACAGUGAAGUCAAAAGAGAAGGUUAAAGUUGCUACAACAAACCGCAAAUGUCUUAUAAACACAGCGGAGACAUCAGGAGACACAAUGAAGCUGUGUGUCAAUCUGAUGCCUCUUCUGGCUGCAGCGAGGGAGACCAUGGAGGAAGAAGAAGAAGAAGAGGAGGACAGCAGCUGUAAGAAGGAGAAAGAAGCAGAAACAAGAAACAAAGAUGAUCCGUGUGUCACCAAAUCAGAGGACAAAACGAGUCUUUCUAACUCAGGAUUCAGUUUAAAUGUAAGUCCAAGACUAGUGCUGCCCCCUUUAACCCAACCUGCAGCAGCUCCUGAGAGUCUAAAGACCAAAAGGUGUCACACUCCUCUUCCUCCCAUCAGUUCAUCAGAGCAAACUAACACCAUGUCUUCAAACUCCACAACUAAAAGCUUCCCAGGUGAUGUGACCGCAGAGCGAGACAGCAGACCGUGGAUACACAAUCCUCUCCUCUCUCAAAGUAGGUCUGCAGAGUUUCAUCUUCCUGACAUCUCCCUCUGCAGUCUGGAUGCUCUGCUGCAGACUGUCACACAGAAGCUGAGGAGGAAGAGGAGAGGUGGUGAUGAAGAGUUGUGGAGACGAGUUCAGUCCGAUCACCUGCUGCUGGCUGUUAGUGAUCAGAGAGCUGGGCAGAAGAUAGAAAACAAACAACCUGCCGAUGUCGAUGCAGAAAGAGGAGCUUCAGUAAACAGAUGGAGGAGGCUCCCUCCACUGUUCCCCACUCAGAGACCGACGCUCAUCCUCUCUAUGACGAAGAGGAACCUCCUGACUCCGAACCCGCUGCAGUGACUCUUCAGAAACACGGCACAGAAGAUAACAGGCGGAGCUCCGAUGAGAGAGAUGGCGGUGGAGAGUUUCCUCUUGUUGCCUCCGCUGUAGCCUCCAGCCUCCCGCUCUGCGUACUGAGUCAGCCCCAGCUUCUUCACCCCCCACUGCGCCACCUACAGGACAUCAGAGAAACAGCAUGAUAAAACAUUUCUGCAUCAAUGUCAUCAUCUUGUCUGACAAACUUGGAUAUCACAUCAGCUGUUUUGAGGUGACUUGACUUCACCUUUGUGACAGACUCCUCCUGCACCCCUCUGAGGCGGGCGUACAGCUCCAGAUGUUCCCGACCCGUCAGGAGGUCACUGAUGGCGUCAAACUGCGGGCAGUAACCCAUCAGCUGAUGGACUCGUUCCAUGUCUGUGAGCACACUGAGGACCACAGGAACACACGGUUCAUUAAUGCUGCACAAAUAUCACUGUUUCUAAUAGAACGUCUGCCGCAGUGUCACUUCAUUCUGCUUAUACUUCUUUAGUUAUGAUGCUUAUUGUUGAUCUUGAGGAAUAUUUCAAAG